AUGUUAUCUUCUUCCUUCAAAAUUUUCAUUUUUGUAAUUUUCCUUCAAAUUUUAUUAACAAAAUAUAUUAAUGCGGAUGAAGAAACAAUUAAACAAAAAACAAUAACAGCAACAACAAUAUCCCCAACAACACAAAAAGUUGCUAGAAAAGUAAUGAAACUUGAAAGAAAUGGAAAUAAUUAUAAGGAAUUAAUGGAUAUUAUGGUGGUUAAUGGAAUGAUUAACAAAAAAACUUAUCAACCAAAAGAUUUGCAAAUAUUGCUUGAAGGGUUUAGUGAAGGAUUCUUCUCUAAUUUGAAGAAGGUAGGGAAAAAAUAUAUAUUUAAUUUAAAAAAGAACAUUUUUAAGGCCGAAACAGAAUUAAAACAACAAACAGAACAAUUUAAAUCAAUCCGCACAAAACUGCAAACAAAAAUUGAAUGUUUAGAGAAAGAAUUAUUACAAGGGAAACAAUUUUUAAUGGUUCUAAGUUUUCUUUUGUUAAUUAUUUUGGUUUUGCUUGUUUUUGGGAAUAUUUGCUUAAUUAAACGCUUUUUGGCCAAAUUCAACAAAAAUGGAUUUAAACACGUUCGAAUGACUGUUGGAGAAGGGGAUGUUGGGGAAAUGGAACAAAUUUAG